AGGCUCGAAGAAGAGUAAAACGGUUGCAAAUGGCAAAACUCACAAGGAAGAAAAGAGGCAGUUUAUGGAGAAGGCGUUGCGGCUUACAGAUACAGGACGAAUUGAGCCAGCAAGAGAAGGUAAAGAAAAUCGUAAACCUGCCUCUCCGAAGGUAAAGAAUGAACAGAAAAAUGACCAGAAGAAGAAAAAACCAGAGAAGAAAAGUAACAGUGUCCGUCAGCCUGGUACUUUGGAGGAAGCUAUACGCAAGCUGAAUGUAGCAGAGAUGCAGAACCUUCUUGAUGUUGUGACUGCAAGAUUCUUGGAUACUCCGCUGAUUUGGCUGAAGGAUUUAGCUUCCUACUUGAAUGUUCGCAUAAACCCAAUACAUAUGCCAGAUCCAACAUUCAAGGGGAAGCCAGAUUCAUAUCCCACUUCACUUGUGUCUUCUCAAGUUAAAAAGCUGUUGCUACAGACCCUCUCCGGUUGCAAUGACAAGGUGCUUGCAGCAUUCCACAAACACUGUGUAACAUCCAUGGUGCAGGAACAAGUGAAGGGGUUAAGUGUAGCUGGAUACAAAGUUUUCAUUCAGAUCAUGUCAAUGCACCGUCCACAUAUAUGUGUAGUGAACUUGCCAGCAUAUUGUGAGUUGCGUCAGAGUUUUCAGUCCCAAACACCCACUUGCCUCUCCUUACUAUGGGCUAUUGGACAGGCAGGGAUUAAUGACUUCAAUGUUGGUUUAAAAGUAUGGCUUGAAAUGAUGGUGCCAAUGAUUGGUUUGAAGAACUACUCCUCAUUUGUGGUAGACUAUGGGAGUAGUGUGUUUGGGGGAGGAGGCGGUGGUGAAGGUGAAGACAGUACAAAAGUCUUGGGAGUGCGAGAGUUUUUCUCCAUUCUAGACUUCACUUGGUGCAACUCAGGGUCACUAUCAAAACCAAUCCAAAGACAACUUUUUGCUCUCUAUCCAAAAGUGAAGACCACUGCCUUUAGUUCACGUCCAGAAGUAACUCUGCGUAAUUUCUUACCCUCCUUCCUGCGACGACUCGAUCCAAGUGCACCACAUCUGUUAAGAGUGGAGUUGCUAACCUGCUUGGUUCAGUGCCUGACACAGGACCCAUUGCUGGAAAACUUGGUCACAGAUGUACCUCAAGCAUAUGCCCUCAGUCUGCUCUGCUACUCGUCCAUUUAG